GGAGAAAUAAAACUUUGCCAGGGUAGCUGAUGAGUUAUUAAAAAGAGAAAGAAAAGGAAGACCAAACAUUGACAGUCUUAAUUGCUUUUUUGUUAUUAGAGCCAGAAAUCAAAUAAAUCAGAUACGCAGCUCUCCCUCUGGCACGAUUGAUGCUCUGCUCGUCAUUAUCAAAACAUUGUUAAAUGGCUGUGUCACGACCCCGCGCCGUAAUCCCUUACACAUUUGACCCGGAGUCUGACCCAGAGACAGAAGAUACUGUCGCAAGUGAAACACCUCCACAACAAAGACUGCUGCAGGACGCCUCAGAAUGGUGCACUUGUGGGAACUGCAUGACGAUGCCCACAGAAGGGGAGAACGUCUGCUGUAGAGAAACACUUAAGGUUAUCCGAAGAAUGAAUGAACUUCCGGACACACCAACAUGCAUGAUCUACCAUCCAGGCCUGGAGCCUAACUGCUUGAACCCAUACACACUGCAGAACAUGAACAACAUCUACCGGGCAGACUAUGGGCCUUUGCGGGGAAGAACAAUACACGAUCGCUACCGGCAUUUAGCAUACCGCAGCUUUGUCAGCUGGUGCUGGGGAUAUUUGGGACGACGUGUACGAGUUGUCAUCUCGUCGUGUGUCGUGUGCCGGAUACGCCAGGAGUUUCCUGAUCUGGCUGGACAAUAUGUUGGCUUCCGCCCACCCCUUGACUGA